AUGGCUUCUAUGGAUGUACAGGCCAUCAGCGCCGCCUCUCCCGAUGUGGAGAAGAGCUCUCCCCCUUCUACCGACAGUGUCGAGAAGGGCUACUCUAACGAGGACGCCGCAGCCCUCGGCCGCCUCGGCUUGGACGACGACUCUCCAGAUGGCACCGUUCAGCGCAACCUCAAGCAAAGGCACCUUUCAAUGAUUGCUUUGGGCGGCACCAUCGGAACCGGUCUUUUCGUCGGUCUCGGCGGCUCCCUCGCCAAUGCUGGGCCCGUCAGCACCCUCGUUGCCUACAUGAUCAUGGGCAUUGUCGUUUACUCUAUGAUGGUCGCUCUCGGCGAAGUCAGCACGCUCCUGGCUGUUCCAGGUGGUUUCACCCACCACGCCACACGCUUCCUCGACCCAAGUCUUGGAUUCGCCCUCGGCUGGACUUACUGGUACUCCUACGGCAUCACCAUCCCCACCGAGAUCUCUGCCUCCGCCAUUCUCAUCCAGUACUGGGACGCAAACCAAACCAUUAACCCUGCCGCCUGGAUUUCUAUCCUCGUUGUCCUCGUCAUCGGCGUCAAUGCCCUCGGUGUCAAGUACUACGGCGAGACCGAAUUCUGGUUCUGCUUGAUCAAGGUCGUCGCCAUCAUCGUCCUCAUCAUCACCUCGCUCAUCAUCGACCUCGGGGGAGGUCCUCGCGGCGAUCGCAUCGGUUUCCGGUACUGGAAAAAUCCUGGUCCUAUGGCCCAGCUCUUCUGGAGCCCCGAUCCCGUUACUGGCAAGCCCACUGGAGGCAUCAGCGGUUCUCUUGGCCGUUUCCUCGCCUUCUGGAAUGUCUUCGUACAGUCUGCUUUCAGCUUCGCUGGAACAGAGAUCAUCGGAGUGGCUGUCGGUGAGGCCGAGAAUCCUCGUAAGAACGUUCCCAAGGCCAUCAAGCGAGUCUUCUGGCGAAUUCUCCUCUUCUACGUUUUGGGUAUCUUCAUGGUUGGCCUUGUUGUCCCAUACAACGAUCCACGCCUGCUAAACGGUGGCAGCGAUGCCAGUGCCUCUCCCUUCGUUCUCGCUAUCUCAAAUGCAGGUAUCCGCGUACUGCCUAGUUUCAUCAACGGUGUAUUGAUCGUCACAACUUGGUCUGCAGCCAACAGUGACCUCUACUGCUCGUCCAGGACCAUCUAUGCGCUUGCUCUCGAGCACAAGGCGCCGGCUUUCCUUCGCAAAUGCACCAAGAACGGCCUUCCUGUCUGGUCUCUGUUUGUGACUUCGCUCUUCGCACCGCUCGCCUACAUGUCCUGUGGAGCAGGCGGUGCAGCGCAGGCAUUCGAAUAUCUAUAUGCCGUCAGUGCCAUCAGUGUCAUUAUCGCCUGGGUCAUCAUCCUUGCAACGUAUGCCCGCUUCUACCAAGGUCUCAAAUUCCACGAGAUUCCCCGCAGUACCCUUCCGUACACCGCUCCUUUCCAACCAUAUCUCACUUACUUUGGUAUCUUCUUCCUCUGCCUCGUGCUUCUGUUCUCCGGCUUCACCGUCUUCCUCAACGGCCAGUGGAGCACAAGCAGCUUCGUCACCACAUACAUCUGCCUCCCCCUGUUCCUCGUCAUGUGGCUUGGAUGGAAAUUCUACCACAAGACCCAGUUCGUCAGCCUCUCUCAGAUGGACUUUGACACUGGCCGUAGGCAGAUCGACGAAAACGAGGAGGCAGAGAAGAUCAAGGAAUCCCAGCAGACUCGCUCUACUCUCCAGCGUAUUUGGGACUGGUUGAUGUAA